AUGAUAGAUGUGGCAUGUGCUUUGGAAUAUCUUCACCAUGGGUGCUCGUUGCCUGUGAUUCACUGUGACGUGAAGCCUAGUAACGUCUUGCUGGAUGAAGAUAUGGUUGCCCACCUAAGCGACUUUGGCAUUUCAAAACUGCUUGGUGAAGAUCAGGGUGAUUUAUACACUAAAGCCUUAGCAACAUUAGGUUAUAUUGCACUAGAGUAUGGACUGGAUGGACUAGUGUCUACAAAGUGUGACGUCUAUAGUUACGGGAUCAUGUUGCUGGAAACGUUUACCAGGAGAAAGCUUAAUGAGUUUGAUGGAGAUCUUAGCUUGAAGCAAUGGGCGAGUUAUUCACUCCCAGAAGCAGUAAUGGACGUUGUAGAUGUCAACUUGGUAACACCACAGGGUAAUCACAAGGAGCUAGAUGUUGUGGCUUUAAUCAUGAAAGUUGCAUUAGAUUGUUGUGCUGAAUCUCCGGCAAGAAGGACAAACAUGAAAGAUGUUGUAGGGAUGCUGCAGAAGAUCAAGAUUCAACUCUUUGCAUGUUGAGCAUGUUUUUGGAAUCUGUUGUUCCAAUCACAUGAUUGUUGUUUUGUUUUGUUUUAGCACUUGAUCUGUGAAUGAUUCUGUUUUCAGAAAUGCUAGAUGGUUGCAAUAACUCUCACUGUUUCGUCUUAAUAUUAUUGUUUGCAAGAUGUUAA